UGUGACUCACAGUGAGGAGUACCUCAGCAAUUACCACAGCACGGAAAAAGAACACACACUCCUAGGCCUUUCACCGAUCUCAUGGCCUGUCUUUCGACGUUCUGUGUGACCCCAAAGGCCUGUUUGGGGCAGAAGAAUCUAGUAAAGGGAGUCGUCAUUUUGUCCUCAAUAAGAACCAUAAUAAACCACCGCUUGCGGAAACAGGAAAUGUUUGAAAUUGUUAAGGCAAUUGUCCCAGCUCUCGGGGACAAUUGCCUCAGGAAAUAGAGUGCUGGAUUCCUUUGUUUUCGGAUAACAUGCAGAAUGCCUUCAAGUUACCCACCACUCAAGGAAACAUUGCUUCAUCUUCAGCUACUUCGAUGAUACUUGUCCUCAUGUGGAGGAAAUCCUGCUUCUGGCUUCCCUUAAGAAAGGAAGGAAAGCUUAUUACACAACCCCCCAAAAUCGGUGGGCCGAUCCGCGGGAAGAUGGCCCACAAUGCUCCGUCUCAACUUCGCGUCCAUGCGAGGCAUUGUGGGCUCUACAUCAUUGGAAGCUUCCUGGACUGUCACAAGUUGGGUUCGGUUUUCAUUGUGUUCGGUUUCUGUUGACGAAAUUCACGAAAGUAUGCUUUGUUUCCUUCUACAGAAACGACGAAAGGCAAGAGGGCACCGAAAGGAAGUGGAGCACACGCGGUUUCCAACUUCCUAUAAACAGCAUCCUCUGGAGGUUACCUGGGGACUUGCAGGCAUGUGGCUGAUCCAGAUGGUAGAGUCAGUCGCUGUUCCUGUGAUCAGCAUCGCCCCUCAGUUUGAUGAAAUGAUCCGUCUGAGCACCAUCAACUACAGCCUGGCCAACUUCAGCAGCUACGGUUGCCACUGUGGACCAGGAACGCAAGGAUUUCCCGUGGAUUCCAUCGACAGGUGCUGCCACAGUCAUGACUGCUGCUACAACAAGGCAGAGAUGUUCGGGUGCAACCCCCAAAUCCACACAUACCGAUUCUAUGCCCAGAGGGAUAAAAUUAAAUGCGUCAAGUCAAGGGACCGUUGUGAGAAGCUCGUCUGCGAGUGUGAUCAGAAAGCUGCCAACUGCUUCCGGAAGCACCUCUUCACAUACAACGUGCAGUUUAAGAACCACCCAGCUGCCAACUGCAGGGCACAGCGGCCAUUUUGUUAAGCCAGGUUUCUGCAGUAACACUGUGGCUGCCUCUAACCCAUUGGUGGGAAACCUCAGCUCUCCAGCCAUUGUUGGACUACAACUCCCAUCAUCCCCCACCGCAAUCGUUUGUGGCGGGGCCUGAUGGGAGUUGUAGUUCAACAAAGGAUGGCGAGCCAACGUUGCCUACCUCUGGUCUAAUCUGUCUCCACCAUAUUGCUUUCUGUUUCGGGAAUAGAUUUCCCCAGAAACCGCAAUGGCUAAGAUUUGUGUGCAGAGUGCUAUCAUUAGGCUGAGAUCAGGUUAUUAAAACUGUGCAUUCAA